CUUUUCAGUCCAGGCACCUUGGAGGAGGAAUACCCAGCACCAAAUUCCUAUAGAUCAGAGGGUGUUUACUGAGACUGGACUAUUUUGCUGAAGAUAGGAUUUUUUGCAAUAUUUAGUGAUUCUAAGGACACAAAGAACUUGAAAGGUGAGCUCAGACGACAUAACAAGUUAAACUGCAGUCAUUCGUAUUUCGUCUGUACUACGCUGUUUUGCUUCCGAUAACCCUAAAUGUGCAAGUUUGCAAAUUGAUGUGUUAUUUACAUAUAUAUUGUACAAAAUUAUAGAAAAUGCAAAUGCCUGACAAAAGUUUCGUUCCUAUCCUACUUGCACAGGAAAAUACUGCCUGCUAACCAUGUCUUCCAUUCUUGGGAAGAUGAAGAAAUUUGGCAGUUCUGACAUGGAGGAAUCUGAAGUGACAGAUGAACACACGGAUGGGGAGGAUUCCAUGCUGGAAACCCCUGACAGCCUCCAGGGUACACUCAGCACCAAGGUGCAGCCACACAAAAGCAACAUCUUUGCAAGACGUGGGCGGUUUGUGAUGGGGGAUAGUGACAAGGACAUGGCUCCCAUGGACUCCUUUUACCAGAUGGAUCACCUGAUGGCUCCUUCUGUCAUCAAAUUUCAUGCCAAUUUGGAGAGGGGGAAACUUCACAAGCUCCUGUCUACAGAUUCCAUCACAGGCUGCUCAGAAAAAGCCUUCAAAUUUUAUGACCGCAGAAGGAUCUUUGAUGCUGUAGCCCAAGGCAACACAAAGGACCUGGAUGAUCUGCUGCUCUACCUUAAUAGAACCUUGAAGCAUCUCACAGAUGAUGAGUUCAAAGAGCCAGAAACUGGGAAAACCUGCUUACUGAAAGCCAUGCUGAAUCUACAUGAUGGGAAAAAUGAUACCAUUCCCUUACUGCUGGAUAUUGCAAGGAAAACUGGAACUCUGAAAGAGUUUGUUAAUGCAGAGUAUACUGACAACUACUACAAGGGCCAAACUGCACUUCACAUCGCCAUUGAGAGAAGGAACAUGUACCUGGUGAAGCUCUUGGUCCAGAACGGAGCAGAUGUUCAUGCAAGAGCCUGUGGGGAGUUCUUCAGGAAAAUCAAAGGGAAACCUGGCUUUUAUUUUGGUAGGGGGGAGCUGCCUUUGUCCCUGGCUGCCUGCACCAACCAGCUCUGCAUUGUGAAAUUCCUCCUUGAGAACCCCUACCAGGCAGCCGACAUUGCUGCUGAGGACUCCAUGGGCAAUAUGGUCCUGCAUACACUGGUGGAGAUUGCAGAUAAUACUAAGGAUAAUACCAAGUUUGUUACCAAGAUGUACAAUAACAUAUUGAUCCUUGGUGCCAAAAUUAAUCCAAUCCUGAAGCUAGAAGAACUCACCAACAAGAAAGGGCUGACUCCAUUAACCUUGGCAGCCAAAACAGGGAAGAUAGGGAUUUUCGCAUACAUCCUCAGACGAGAGAUCAAAGAUCCUGAGUGCAGACACUUGUCUAGGAAGUUCACUGAAUGGGCUUAUGGACCUGUCCACUCAUCUCUUUAUGACCUGUCCUGUAUAGACACAUGCGAGAAAAAUUCAGUGCUUGAGAUUAUUGCCUACAGUAGUGAAACACCAAACCGUCAUGAGAUGCUGCUGGUGGAACCCCUUAACAGGCUGCUGCAAGACAAGUGGGACCGGUUCGUCAAACACUUAUUUUACUUCAACUUCUUUGUCUAUACCAUGCAUAUCAUCAUCCUCACUGCAGCUGCUUACUACAGACCUGUAGAGAAAAAGGAAAAGCCUCCCUUCACAUUUGGUCACAGCACUGGGGAAUAUUUUCGAGUGACUGGAGAGAUCCUGAGUGUUCUGGGAGGUCUCUAUUUUUUUUUCAGAGGGAUACAGUAUUUCGUGCAGAGGCGCCCAUCAUUCAAGACGCUGAUAGUUGACAGCUACAGUGAGGUUCUUUUCUUUGUUCACUCCUUGCUCCUCCUGAGCUCUGUGGUGCUGUACUUCUGUGGCCAGGAACUGUACGUGGCUUCCAUGGUCUUCUCAUUGGCCCUGGGCUGGGCUAACAUGCUGUACUACACCCGUGGCUUCCAGCAGAUGGGCAUUUACUCUGUCAUGAUUGCCAAGAUGAUCCUUAGAGAUUUAUGUCGCUUCAUGUUUGUCUAUCUAGUAUUCCUCCUGGGAUUUUCUACAGCUGUGGUGACUUUAAUUGAAGAUGACAAUGAGGGGCAAGACACAAAUAGCUCUGAAUAUGCCCGGUGCUGCCAUGUGAAGCGAGGCCGCACAUCCUACAAUAGUCUGUAUUAUACCUGCUUGGAGCUUUUCAAGUUCACUAUUGGGAUGGGGGACCUGGAGUUCACAGAGAACUACAGGUUCAAGUCUGUGUUUGUCAUCCUUUUGGUUCUCUAUGUCAUCCUUACAUAUAUCCUCCUGCUCAACAUGCUUAUUGCACUGAUGGGGGAAACUGUGAGCAAAAUUGCCCAGGAGAGCAAGAGCAUCUGGAAACUCCAGAGAGCCAUCACAAUCUUGGAUAUUGAAAACAGCUACUUGAACUGUGUGAGGCGCUCAUUCCGGUCUGGGAAGCAAGUCUUGGUGGGGGUCACACCUGACGGUCAAGAUGAUUACAGAUGGUGCUUUAGGGUUGAUGAAGUGAACUGGUCCACAUGGAAUACUAAUCUGGGCAUAAUCAAUGAAGACCCUGGGUACUCUGGGGACCUCAAACGAAAUCCCAGUUACUCUAUUAAGCCUGGCAGAGUAUCAGGGAAAAACUGGAAAACGUUGGUUCCGCUUUUAAGAGAUGGAAGCAGGAGAGAAGAGACUCAAAAACUACCAGAAGAAGUCAAAUUAAAACCUAUUUUGGAACCUUAUUAUGAGCCAGAAGAUUCUGAUACAUUGAAGGAGUCACUUCCAAAGUCAGUCUAAUCUUAUUUUAUUUUUAAGAAGUUAAUUCUCGUUGCCUAUGUUGGUCCUCACAAGCAGGGCAAUUAGAGCACUUCAUUCAUAAGAGCAGGGAUUUUUGGAAGAAGGUCAGAGGACUUAGGAAAUUGCCGUGUGCAAGGAUUCAUUAAGUAUGCUAAAUAAACUACUUGUUGUUUAA